GUGUUGAUCAGUUUGACCUAUAAGCAAACUGAGGAUCAGAUCUGGGAGGGAGGGGUUGAGGUGUUCUGCUGUGAGUUUCUCAAAUCACUUCAUUACAACCAAAAUGAGUUAAUAUGACUGUCUUCAUUUAGGUUGAUGAUGCCUGGCUUUUUAAGGAGAGGGAUAACAGACUUUAAACGAGUGGAGAUGGAGACUUGUGACAGGGACUUGUUGAAUAUCCUUGUCAGGGCUCCUGAGAGCUGGUCUGCACAUGUCUUCAUUACUUUUCCAAGCACUCCAUUGGUUUCAGCUGCUUCUUGGAGGUUCACCAUUUUAAAACACGUCUGACUUGAUGUUCUUGAAGAGUGAUGGAUGUAGUAGAUGGUGGAGGCAGCGUGUUCAAAAACCAGUCAAAGUAAUGAUGAAGCUCCUCUGGCAGCUCAGUGUUGGUUCUUAUCGUCACAGGUGGUCUGCUCUUAUAGUUCAGUAUGAAGCUCACUCUGAAUGAUGAACUAUUUUAUAGAGGGUUUUCAUGGAGCGUCAUCAGGACGUCAUCAAUCUGGAAGCAAUCAAGGUGGAGGCACAUGGACUGAAGCAGAUGAAAAAUGGUGAAUUAUUGCCAUGUUUGUGGCUGGACCAACCAGGACGAACGUUAAAAACAUUUGGACAUUGUAGACAGUCAAAAGUUAUCAGAGGAAAGGAGGAGCUUGUGUUAGUGAAGCUAAACCAGGAUCUAGAGCAGGAGUCUCCAAUGCAUCGCUUGCAAGCUACCAGUAGCUCGCCGCCCCUUUCCAAGUAGCUCGCCAAAGGGCCAGUGAAUCAUACAUAAAUCUCAUCUCAUCUCAUCUUCCUACCGCUUAAUCCUGCACUAGGGUUUCAGGGGUUAUCAUACAUAAAUUUGAAAACUUAAUUAGUCCCUUGGCAAAUCUACUUAAAUUUAUGUCCAAUCAGAAUCAGAGUCAUAGUUGUCCCGCCCCCUUCCAACACAAAAUGAUUAUUAGCCAAUUAGCUGUCAAUCAUAAAGUUGUGCUGCUGUCAAACUUGAUGAGUCAGUGGAGACGUGAGUUUACGAUGGCGACCAGUGUCCAAAACAACAAGCGGGUUAAAACGUACCAUUUUCACCAAGAGUGGGAGACAGAAUUUUGUGACAGUAGUACAGACAGAUGCUUUCUUAAACCAAUGUCUUUAUUUAAGACUUUUAACAUUGAACAGACUUUUUUAAAAUGACAAUUAACAUUUGGACUUAGAGUCUUAGAAAAAAUGCAGAUUGGCAAACAAACAAAAAUUAAAUAAUGUAGCAGAACGUUCAAUAAAUAAAUAUAAAUAAACCAAUCUAAAUAAAGAACAUGCUGUCAGUCAGUCAGUGUCUAAUACCUGAAGUCAGUGAGGGGCAGGUUGUAAUACAGGAAACACAGCUUCUCUGCACUGAACCCAACAGGUUCAUCUCUUGUCCUCAUAAAAGUUACCUCCUGUGCUGAAAACCCUCUCACUGGGGACAGAUGUGGGAGGAGGAGUAAGGAAGCGCCGGGACAAUGGAGACGAAGCAAAGUGACGGAGUUUAAAUAGAUGCGGGUGGAGAAUUGAUGCGGUGGUUGUUCACACUCGUGCUGGUUUAUGUGACUUAAGGGGACUUUUCAGCGCAUGAGGGAGCGUGGAUGCGAGCGAAUCUCCUUCAACCAUGCACGGAAAAGGGGAACGAUAGGAAAGGUUUUUCUAAUUUGCUGAGAAACAAAGCCCAGGUCAGCAAUGCAUUCCCAAAAACACGUCGUUCACUCGUCCCCAUAAAUCACACACAAUCAAAGUCAGAAUGACGACAAUAAAAUAUAAGUGAUCCUGCGUCGUGUCGGGGAGACUAGUGUUUUCUUGGUUAAACCCUUUUAGCAUUUAUUAAACUGAAACCCUUUGGUGCUUAUGUGCAAACUGCUAACGUCACUCAUGUAAUGCUACUACUGAGACGAAAUCUGCGAUGAUACAGCAAAGUUGCCUCGCAGUCAUUUUACAGAUUUUGGGCAGGGACACUUUUGAAAGGGACAGUGAAAUGUGGCCUAUAAUUGUUGUUCCACUGAUGUUUUCAUGUUUAGUUACUUAUUUCAUGAACUAACUUACCGUGACUUGUCACACUUUGUUUUCUCUAUCGGCGCAACAUUUCACCGAUACGAUAGAACUGGAGCCGUUUAUAUCGGGCCCUGAAUAAACGCCACGUAAUGUGCAGCACUGAUAUAAAUAUAAUCAAAUAAAAGUCACAUUACCGUUCACGCCGUAUUUUCAUGCACAAUGGUUCAGUCAGCUGUUCUGUCUCUCUCUCCACCCCGUGUGUCUCUCCAUUGAGCUGUUACGCUAGGAGCGCCCCCUGCAGGUUUGGAGAACUUCCGUUUGUAGUGACCGGUAAUGCAGCGUUUUUCGUUUGCAGAUCUUUUCUUGUUUUGCAUCGUUUCUCUAUUUGCAGCGCGUUUCGUGAUGACGCAUCUGUUUUUGUUUUUUGCAGCACGUUUUUUCGUUUGCACCACGUUGUUCUUUUUGUACUUCGUUUAGAGUUGUGUUUGAGUUUGUGAUUAUGCAUCGUUUCUGUACUUGAAGCUGUUUUCUCGAAUUGAGACGUGUUUGGUCGUUGCCGUCUGUUUGGCCCGUGUCGGCCACCGUAGUUUACGGAUGUUCCCAUGAAAGAACCACUAGAACCAAGCAACAGGGAACAAUUUCACAAGACUGAUGAUGAGACACUGAAAGACAUCAUCUCCAGAAGUAUUCUGAUCCGUUCAGGAUCUCCUUCUGUCUACCAGCUGAAACCAAAGAAAGAGAAGUCUGGAACUCUGACUAGAAUGACUGUUGGAGAAAGAAACAUGAACAAGACCAAUAAAACCAUCUUACUGGUUGGAGAAAUAGGAUCAGGAAAAUCAGCUCUGAUCAACUCUCUGGUCAACUACACCAUGGGAGUGAAGUUUGAGGAUGAAGUCUGGUUUCAGAUCGUAGAGGACGAGAAAAGAGGUAAAGCAGAAAGUCAGACAUCAGAUGUGAUCGUGUACCAGAUCUUUGGUUUUGAAGGUGAAACUCUGCCCUACUCUCUGACCAUCAUCGAUACUCCUGGAUAUGGAGACACCAGAGGGAUCGACUAUGAUCUCAUCAUCAGUCAAAGAUUAUUUGACUUGUUUAGAUCAGAUGAUGGAGUUCAUGAAGUUAAUGCAGUGGGUCUGGUGAUGAAGUCAGGAGGAGGGAGACUCAGUGAUCGACUGUCAUACAUCAUUAAUUCAGUGACGUCUCUGUUUGGAAAAGACCUGGAGAAAAACAUUGUAACUCUCAUCACACACUCUAAUGGAAGAAAACCUAAAGAUGCUCUUGAAGCUCUUGAAGCUGCAAAAAUUAAAUGUGCAAAAAAUGAGAAGAAUCAACCUGUUCACUUCCUGUUUAACAACAAGCAGAGUGAAGACAGAACAGAGGAAGAAGAACACCUGAAACAUGCUGAUCAAAUAUCAGUGAGAGGAAUGAGAGAGUUCACAGUUUUUCUGGAAAAAACUGAACCUCAGAAACUGAUGAAAACUGUGGAUGUUCUGAAUGAACGUAUCAGACUGACAGCCUGCAUCCAAAACCUGGAAGACAGAAUCAAACUGACUGAACUGAAAGAGAUGAAGGUCAAACAGAUUCAAGGAGCUGUGAAGAAACAUGAAGAAGAGAUGAAGAAGAAGGAAAUGUUCACUGUAGAAGUUGAUGAGGUCUACAAAGAUAAAGAACCUAUUGAUGGUGGGAUGUGUGGAUUGCCUUUUUUCAAUAACACUGUCUGUUGUAAAGUGUGUGAGGAGAACUGUCACUAUCCUGGAUGCACAGAGGCCUGGAAACCUGGACACUGUGAGGUCACUAAAGGAGGUCGCUGUACUGUUUGUACCAACAAGUGUCCUACAUCAGCUCAUGUGAAGGAAAACUGGAAAUAUGUGACCAAGACGAGGAGAACUCAAGUAGAAAUGAAACAGAAGUUUGAGAAGAAUAAAUCAGAAAGUGAGAAGAAGUUGAGUCUUUUGGAAAAUCUUGUUAAAGAAAUUAACCAACUGACAUCAGAGAAGUCCCAGCUCCUGGAUGAGGCCUACCAACAUGUUGUCAACCUGGAGCAGAUCGUCCUGAAUGUUAAUACAGUGUCCACUCAUGUCCACUUGGACUUCCUGAUUGACAAGAUGAAGGAGAGAGGAGACAGAGAGAAGGUCCAGAAACUGGAGAGAAUGAAAAACAGAGUGGAUGAAGGAACCAGAGCAGCACUGAGAUACAUGAAGACUAAAUAGGAUCUGGAAAAUAAGUUAAAGACUCAUUGAUGUAGAUGAUCAUCAUGAUUGUGAUCUUUUAGCUGAUCUGAUCUUUAAACAUGAAUCAGUUGUUUGGUUGUGGUUGUGUUCAGUGUAAUAUCCAGUUGAUAUUUCCAAUCAGAAACAUGGUGGAGGAAGUAUUCAGAUCAUUGACUUCAGUCAAAGUACCAACACCAACAUAUUAGUAGUGUUAUCAGUUGUCAGUAAAAUGUAGUUCAUGUAUCAGCAGUAAAAGUAUUCCAUGAGGAAAAUGUUGUAUCAGUGUGAUAUGAUUGUGUCUCCUAUUCCUGGCUUGUUGUUGUCAUUCUAAUCAGUUUGUACAGAGGAUGUUACUCACACUGAACUCAGACACAGUGGAGAAAUCUUCUGCUGAGCUGGAGCUCCAUCCAACUUUCACACUUGAGAGUUUUUGAAGAGAACAGUCCUGAAAUCUAAUGUUCUUUGAUUUGAUUCAUACCUUGGAUUCUUCAUGUGUUCAUGCUGGAAUGACUAGUUGGAAUAUUUCACAUGACUCAGUGGAAACAUGUGACGGUGUCACCAAAAAUUAAUGAAAAAUGAAGCGAGUGUAGCCUGUAAAGCAAUAAAAUGAAAGUUGUAGUAAAACGGCGGGUUUUCUUUAUCAUAUGUAUUAUUAUGUAUGAUAUUCUAUCAUUUUCACUGUAUGUGAUGAGGUAUGAUGUGGUCUGUCUGAUUGUAAUUGUACAUUAAUUGAUCUUUGUGAUAACCGGAAAGGUUAUAUAUGGAGGAUGUGUCGUGCUGGAAGGGGGGAGAAGCUGGAGACCGCGAAAGCGAACAAAGGACUGUGUGGACCUAUAGCAGGACCCAAAAGACGUUUUGACUAUUUAGUCAAAAAGAAAUAAUUUGAAAUAACCUUAAGAAAAGACAUUGGCGAGCGGGCUACGGGGAUCAUAUAUUGUGGAUUGUUCCGGCGGGUCAGGCGCAUAUUUUUGUUUUUCUCCUGUUUUUUGGAACGAACUGAAUGCUUGUUUUUGUCUGGACACCAGCGCCGAUUGGAUUAUACGGCAUCAGCGGCCGCGGAGUCGGACUAACUUAAUAUAACUUAAAAGACAUUUUAUAAGGGUUGAAAUAGUCCAAAUUUGAGUUUUUCGUUAGAUGGUGAAUUGUCCUGAAUUUACAUGAUAUAAAAUGAAAACCUUAUUUCUGUUAAUUAAAUGAGGGACCCCAUAUAUCCAUGACGGAUUUUUGUGUGUUUUUUUUUUUUCUAUGGGUUUAUAAGAAUAGUGUGGGUUUUCUUGCUGUAUAUUAUUCAUUUCACUUAAAGGAAAAUAAUGAUCCUGAAAAGAUCCCCCUUGAGUGUAAGUAACUUCAACCCGAAAAGGUGAAUUGUUACAUGGCUUUGAAAAUGUUAAUUUUUCUGUAUGAAACAUUUCUGAAAACAUCUGAAAAGACAAACUGUGUCUCAUUUUAAAUAAAUAUCCAUUCUGGCUGA